CAAAAAGUCAUUUUCCCCGUUAGGUUUUUGUAAAACCGUCAUUUGAUGCGCUCUUGAACGCAGCACAGGGGUUUAAGGGCGGAGUCGGAGCAGCGGAUGUUGAUUCUUCUUUCGGGACGAAGGACAAAAUCCCGUUUUCAAGCCAGGUGAGGAGGAAUGGCGUCUCUUCCACUAAGCACACAGAGUGGACCUCACUCGCUUCUUGGUCUUGGGAGCCAGCACGGCAAAGAACAGGCAGGACACAAAGAUCCACGCUACCUGAAAUCGAUGUUGAAUUAUGUGUUGGACCACAGAGAUCAGACGGUCAUCUUGAAGAACCCAGCUGGUGCCAUUUUGACGAUUGGAGACCUCAAUGAUACCAUCUACAGAGAUAAAAAGAUCGUGGUGAAUGGGUGGAACAAAUUCUACCUUAAAGAUAUCGUAAGCAUGCAGGUCUUUGGCGUGGUGAAGGGAACUUCGUGCCCAGAGGACCAUCUGGUUCUGAUGACCUGUGAGGACCAGAAGGUGUACGCCUACGAUGGAGAGGUGCUGCAUUUGGUGGCUUCAAGCUGGAAGCAGCUACUUGACGAGGGAUUCCAGUAUCCAGCAGACACGUCGUACUACAAAGGAGAAGCCUUCAAAGACACUGACUGGGAUGAAGUGCGGAAGGGGGAAGUGGGGAGAAGAUUGGACCAAGAGCAUCUCAAACUGGUGACAGCAAAUAAGUCAGAAUUCCUGAAGAAUCUCCGAUCCAUCAAAACAGUCUUUUCUCCAGGAGCAUGCAAAUGAUCCCUUUGGUUUGGUGCUUAAUAUGUAAAUGUAUAAAUACACAAAUAUCUGAGGAUUCUGCAAUUUAACUGUUGUAUGAUUGUACAUUGUCUUGAAUUGUAUUUUUUUGCCUUCUUUUACCAAUUAAAAUAUAUUCUGAAUCUCCCAA